AUGGCCAUAAUGCCUUGCUGGCGUUUCCUGCUUGACCAUCCUGUGGAUUGCCUUCAGCGUUUAGCUAUGAUGACAAGAGGGAUCGCAGAUCCAUUGGCAUCAGCCUAUUGCCGCCUAUAUAUGGUCCAUCGUGCACAGAGACUACCUGAAUGUGCCAGAGGAUAUCUGAAAACGUGCAUUAAUGACCUAAAAGUUUUAUUGAUGCGGAUUGUAUCAGCAACAGAAAUCACAUACGGAAGGUUUUCAGGAAACAGAAGGUUGCUCAUCAGCCUGAUGGAACCAACUAUUGAGUAUCUUGUGAAGUGCAUAUUCAAGGAUUCAUCUCAGACAGAUAUUGAUGAUGUACUUGUGGGGCUUGGACUAUGGGAACGUCAGUCAGAGUUGUUUGGAAAAUCCCCAUGUAUCUCAAUUGUUCUUUAUCAUUUACUCAGAGAACUUCCCAUUGAGGUAGUCAGUUCUACUGCUGUGGAGAUACUUCAUCUUAUUGAGUGUAGUGACGAUUGUUCCUUCGAUCAGUGUUUGAAUUACAGGUUACUGGGUUUCAGGCUGUGUGAAAGUAUGUCCCAAAGGAACGUAGUUGAUGUGGUAAUGGAUAAAGUCCUUGAGGUUGUUUCUCAAUACAACAGCCUUGAUGAGUACUCGAAGGUUGUUGAUCCCUACAUGGAUAUUGUUCUUCAGAAUCAGAUGGAUAAUUAUCUGAACGUCAUACUUGAUGGUAUUUUUGAGAGAGCAUGCAAUGAAGGGGUCACCAAAAAUUCACUGGCAAGCUUGCAAUCGAUUCUUGUGAAGCUUCUUACUCAUUUUAACAACUCAGAUGUCAUAUUUGCACUGAACCAUUUCAUUGAGAUCUUAGAUGUGAUGCAUGGGAGUUCAAGGAGCAUUGUCAGUAUUCACAUUCUCAAUAUCGCAACGAGGAAUGGUUGCGUUCGUGACCCAACAACUAUACAGUUGCUUUUUGAAGUUUCUCAGGUCUUGCAUGAUGGUAUAGAUUUCUCAAACUCGAGAAACAAUGAUAAUCAGCAGCCGGCACAUCUAAUUUCUCAAUUUGUACACAUGGUUGACUAUGGGUCAGAGGUGGAACGCCAUUUAACAUUUCUGUUGGAAUGCCGUGAAGCUUUUGGCAGCAUCAGUGAGCUCAAGGAGACCCUUAUCCAUUCCAGCAACCGAUUAGCUAUUAAAGCUAUGAAAGAAGGGAAAAAUCAUUAUAGUUUUGUCAGAUCUUGCCUAGCAUUUAGUGAAGUUACAAUACCUUCCAUUCAAUCUCUCUUUAUGCAGUUGAACCUUUAUCUUGAGACUGCAGAGGUGGCCUUGUUGGGUGGCUUAGUUUCUCAUUCAGAUGGACUUAUAGAUUCCGCAAUCAUCUGCUUGCAAAAUUUUGACGUAGUAGAUGGCUUGCAGAUGCUUAGCAAUGUUGAUGGGAUUCCCUCCUUAACACAAAAAUUAUGCAGCCUUGUGGUUUUGGUUCCAGGUAAUCCCGAACAAGGAAUCACCCACAUCUCAAAGAGCAUAGUAUCACUCCUUAACUGCAAUUCAUGGGUGACAGCAAGAGUGAGGAUAAGGGUAUUAUGUGCAAUUGUAUCAUUGUCUGCAACUCUGUCUCAGAAUGAGCUCCCUUACCAUUCAAUCCAUAAAGAGGUAAUCGGCAAUGAUCAUUUAUUCUUUGGUGAUCCAACCUAUUUGCAAGAAUUUCUGUCUUUGUCUAGUAGUAUUAUUCAGAACAUUUUUGAUGUUAUUUUACAAGAGCCUUCUCAGGCUUCUCGUGGAACUAUGGCGCUUGAAGCUUGCAACUGUAUUGCAUCAUCUUUCAAACUGAGUGGUGAUAUAUUAGCAGUUUGCUCGAGACUGAUGGAAACUGCCAAGGUAUGUUUGAGUGCUAAUGACAGAUAUCUGCUGUCCACCAUGAAAUUCUUUGAUAGACAACGACAGCUUUUCCUAAGGCAGAAUCAUGAAUAA